CCGGAGCUGCUCCCAGCCCUUCCCAGUGGGACCGGAGCGGAUCCCGGUGGUUGGAUGCUGCAGUGGGGGGGGAGCAAGGAGCAGGGAACCCCCCAACGGCACCCCCAGCACACGGCGUACGCCUGACACAGGGUACCAUGGUUAUGAUAUGUGUCACCGUGGAUGUGACACCCUGACACGUGUCACCAUGGUUGUUACACCCCAACACAUGUCACCAUGGUUGUGACACCCUGAAACGUGUCACCAUGGUUAUGACACCCCGACACGUGUCACCAUGGCUGUGACACCCUGACAUGUGUCACCAUGGUUAUGACACCCUGACAUGUGUCACCAUGGUUAUGACACCCUGAAACGUGUCACCAUGGUUAUGACACCCCGACACGUGUCACCAUGGUUGUUACACCCCAACACAUGUCACCGUGGUUGUGCACCCCUGACAUGGGAUGCAUCCAGCUGGGACCCCCCAGCAUGGACCCAGUACAAGACAGCGCUCCCAGCUCACAGCCGCUCUCUCCCGGUCCCAUUCCCACAGGCAGCUCCUGGACAAGGACACCUUCUCCAAGUCAGACCCACUCUGUGUCCUGUACAUCCAGCGCCCUGGCAGCCGGCAGUGGUUGGAGUUCGGCCGCACUGAGGUCAUCGACAAUUCCCUGAAUCCCGACUUCCUGCACAAGUUUGUCCUCGACUACUGCUUCGAGGAGAAGCAGAACCUGCGCUUCGACCUGUACGAUGUGGACUCCAAGAGCCCCGACCUCUCCAAGCACGACUUCCUGGGCCAAACCUUCUGCACCCUGGGUGAGAUCGUGGGCUCGGCCGGGGGCCGCCUCGAGAAGCCACUGACGAUGGCUGCUGCCUCCGCCCAUUCCCGGCGCAGGAAACCAGCUCCGGCUCUCUCCAAUGGCGGCAUUCCCGGGAAGAGCUGCGGCACCAUCAUUGUCCUGGCUGAGGAGCUGGGGAACUGCCGGGACGUGGCCACUCUCCAGUUCUGUGCCAACAAACUGGACAAGAAGGAUUUCUUUGGCAAAUCUGACCCUUUCCUGGUGUUUUACCGGAGCAACGAGGACGGGACGUUCACCAUCUGCCACCGCACGGAGGUUGUGCGGCAGAGCCUGGCCCCAGUGUGGGCAGCAUUCGACAUCCCAGUGCAAGCGCUCUGCAAUGGUGACCCCGAGCGGACCAUCAAGGUGGAGGUGUACGACUGGGACCGCUCCGGCAGCCACGACUUCAUCGGGGAGUUCACCACCAACUACCGUGAGCUGGCGCGGGGGGAGCACGGCCUCAACGUGUACGAGGUGGUGAACCCCAAGAAGAAGCUGAAGAAGAAGAAGUACCUGAACUCAGGCACGGUGACACUUUUGUCCUUCUCGGUGGAGUCCGACCCCAGCUUCCUGGACUACAUCAGGGGCGGGACCCAGCUCAACUUCACCGUCGCCAUUGACUUCACCGCAUCCAACGGGAACCCAUCCCAACCCACAUCCCUGCACUACCUGAGCCCCUACCAGCUCAAUGCCUACACCAUGGCCCUCAAGGCCGUGGGGGAGAUCAUCCAGGACUAUGACAGUGAUAAGAUGUUCCCGGCACUGGGAUUCGGUGCCAAGAUCCCACCGGAUGGACGCGUGUCCCAUGAGUUCCCAUUGAAUGGGGACGUGGAGAACCCGGCGUGCAGCGGCAUCGAGGGGGUGCUGGAGGCCUAUCACCGGAGCCUGCGCCGCGUCCAGCUCUAUGGGCCAACCAACUUCGCCCCCGUCGUCAACCACGUGGCGCGCAUGGCGGCCACGGUGCUUGAUGGUUCCCAGUACUUCGUGCUCCUCAUCAUCACCGACGGUGUCAUCUCGGACAUGGCACAGACCAAGGAGGCCAUUGUCAAUGCCGCCGCGCUCCCCAUGUCCAUCAUCAUCGUGGGGGUCGGCCAGGCCGAGUUCGAUGCCAUGGUGGAGCUGGAUGGGGACGACAUCCGCGUGUCCUCCCGCGGGCGGGUGGCCGAGAGGGACAUCGUGCAGGUACCGACCCCUGCCCCACAUCAGCCCCAUUGAUACCGGGUGAUAUGGG